AGAAUCAGACCUUAGGCUCAUUGUAGCAGUUAACGAGUGAGUUGAUAUCGUACUUAAGCUUCCAUUACUCGAAUAGAGAUGAGAAUCACGUGGAGAAGAAGAAGAAGCUAGAUUGGAAUUUCCCAUUACUUCCCAAGCUCAACUGUCCCACCGAUGCGUUUCCGUCGCCGGUCACUAUAAUUCAUCCACUUCUCCGAUCAGACUCAAUUCCAUGGCGGGAACAGCCUCCAAGAUGGAUCCUAUCUCUCGUCUCCCUCUCCCUCUUUUAGGAUCCGAGCCGAUUCCUUCAGCUCCGAAUAGAUUGGACCCACCUGGUUCCUCCAUCGAUUGGAUUCCAGACUUUGCCGGCUAUGCCUGGGUCGCUUAUGGAGCCUCAUCUCUUUUGGUCAUCUCUCAUUUCCCUUCUCCUCUAUCUCCCAAUGAAACCAAAUUCGGACCCAUAUUUCGCCAGGUACUGGAGCUCUCUGGCGAUCACUUAUCAGCUGUCAAUGCUGUGUCUUGGUCUCCCGUAUUACCGUCGGAGGGCGAGCUUGCUGCAGCCGCUGGCAAUCGGAUAUGGGUGUUUUCCCACGAUUUGGGUGCUUCUCGAGGUUCUUUUUGUUGGAGGCAGAAUUCAGUGCUUGUGCAAUCUCUGAAGGUUGAGGCCAUUCAGUGGACGGGGGCAGGAGAUGGAAUUAUUGCUUGUGGAGUAGAGGUUGUUUUGUGGAAAAACACUAACAAGUCCUGGGAAAUAGCUUGGAAGUUCAAACCGGAUGUACUCCAAACUCUUGUUUCUGCAAGCUGGUCUACUGAAGGGCCAUUUGCAACGGCACCUCAUGCCAGGAUAUCGAAGACAGAAAAUACGCUGACUGAAAAAGCUUGCAGAUCUGUGCUGGUAAGUCAGAGUGAAGGGGAAUAUGGGCAUGUGAAAAUUGAGUUAUGUCAUCCUCUACCCAUAACUGUUAUUCAAUGGAGGCCUUCAGUUAAUGGGCCUGAAUUCGCCAAGCAUUCACCAAGGCAUGUACUUCUGACAUGCUGCUUGGAUGGAACUGUGAGAUUGUGGAGUGAGACUGAAAAUGGAAAGGUCAGAAAAUUUAGUAAGGAUGUAAAUAAUAGAAAGUCGACGAGAAGGCAUUUUUCUGUUGCUGCUGUCGUAGAGAUAAAUCAGGCAUUGAAGGGAACUCUUGGCAUGGAUUUAUUUGUAACAUGGGCAACCGAGAUUAGAGGUAUGUGCCAACCUUUUGAUGUAACUAAGAAAGUUCAAUCCUCAGUAGGAUUCGAACAAAACAAGGCUGGCAACUGUGAGUGGCUAAUAAGUUUGGGUCCAGGAUCACUGGUUACUUUUUGGGCUGUCCAUUGUCUUGAUGAUGUAUCCCCAUUAAGAUUCCCUCGAAUCACAUUGUGGAAGAAGCAAGAGCUCAAAGGAUUUGAAGUGGGACGUCAUUAUACUGAUGGCUGUACAAAUUUGAGUAACAAGUUUCUCCUCAAGAAAGUUGUAAUAUCAAGGAUUCACCAAUCUGGUUCCCCAAGUAUAUGUUCUUUGAUUCAGCUAUUGCCUUGUAAUUCCUUGGUGUGGUCACUUUUAUCUGCUCACACAUUAACUGACGUAGGGGAUGCAUCCUUUGACCAAAAAAGGUUAGAAAGUUUAUUCUCGUGUUCAUCUAGCAGUCAAUUGAAUUUAAGUGGUCACGCUGGAAAAAUCUUACAUGUUGCUGUGCAUCCGUACAAUUGUGAGGUCAAAAUAGCUGCUUCCUUGGACUCUAACGGCUUGCUUCUUUUUUGGUCACUAUCGAGUAUCUCCAACUGUGUCUUAGGUCCUCCAACACUUACUCCAACGUGGGAACUUUGUGGAAAACUUGUAACUCAAGAUUCAUGCUCCAAAUAUACAAGUGUGCAGUGGGCACCAUCAAUAUUGGAUGAAGAAUUGAUUCUUCUCAUGGGACAUGCAAGAGGAAUUGAUUUUUUUGCUGUUAGGAUUAGCCAAAGUGAUGAAGAAAAUACUGAAUGUCACUACUUAUGUACCAUACCUUUCACCGGUCAUGGUCCUUUUGAGAAUGGUCCGACCAAUAUAUUUUCUAUUUUGUUGCCUUCUGAUAUUAAUAUAACUUAUAAAUUCAAUAAAUUUAUGUUAUUAGGGGUAUGGAUGAAAGGAUUUCAGGCAUUAUCUUGGGAAAUCACCCUACAUGCUUAUGAUAUCUCUGGGACUGGAAUACAUUGCAAAUGUGAUAUUGAUAAUGAAAAUAGAGCUGAGCUCAGCAUAUUGAGAUUUGAAAGUGCUUUUGGAACCAAAAAAUGUUGUGUUAGUAUAAUCCCUUGCUCAUCACAGUUACCUAAUUCUCAAAUCCAUGAUCAGAUUACAAGUUUUGCCGUUGUACACCAAGGAACUUUUGUUCCUGUGCAGCAAAAAUUAUCUUCAUCAGGUGAACCAUCUACCCCUGCAUAUAUUAUGGCUACUGGCUCUGCUGAUGGUAGUUUGAAACUUUGGAAAAGUAAUGUAGGAAAACCAUCAAUCUUCCACGUGCCAUGGGAGCUUGUUUGUGUUGUUGUCACACAUCAAGGCCCCAUUACUGCUUUGUCUUUGACUGAUUGUGGUAGGAAGAUUGCAACAAUUAGCAAGGACAACCUUGAAUGUAAAACCAGCAAUGUUCAUUUAUGGGAGCUUGCAUACCUUGGUGCAGGGACCCUUUUGUUUGAAGAUGAACUGUCCUUUGAAAGCAAUAUCAUUGCAGUGGACUGGCUAACUUUAGGAAAUGGUCAGUUCUUACUGGGAAUUUGUUUGCAGAAUGAAUUGUGUGUGUACUCCCUGAAGCGUUUUGGCUGCCACACCUUGUCAGAGACCACAAAAUCCUUGGAUGCCAAGACUUGGAUAUGCAUUGGGAUUUCUCGUACUCUUCCUUCUAACUGUGGCUUCCGCUGGGGGCCAAGGACCACGGCGAUAGUUUUACAUGAUCGUUACUUUUGUAUAGUUAGUCCAUGGUUGUUCCUUGGGGUUACAAAUCCUGAUGCUAUGUGCAACACUCAUUACAUUGGAGAAACUAAAACUCACCAUGUCAAUGGGACUACUACCAACAUUUCUGCUGCUGUUUUUGCUGAUAAAUGUUGCGGUAUCAAAACAUUACCAGAUGAUAUUUAUGAAAGCAAAUAUAGACCAGGGUCGCUUGGUCUAAUUAGCAUGCCAGAUGUAGUUGAUAAAUUGUGUGGAUCACUCUCUUCUUUUCAUCCUCAGGCCCUCCUCUUUAAUAUAUAUUCAGGCAAGUGGAAACGUGCAUAUUCAGCUUUGAGUCAUCUCAUUGAGCAUCUUUCGUCUGAUAAAAAGAGCUCUGCAAACUCAACCUAUACUAUUCCAGAGAUCCCUUUGUCGGAUUAUUUUGAAGGAGUUAUAAAAACUUCAACUGAUAAAGGAGUUCAGUGGAGUACAAAUUCCUUAUCAUCCCAAUUUAAGGAAGGUGUUUCACAAUGGGCCUUCAAUUGGGACUCUAUAAGUAAUGACAAUUCAUUCAUUCCAUCCUCCACGAAAUCUGAAUUCAGCAGCUUUGUUGAGCCUCUUGAGAAGUUAUAUGAAUUAGCAGGGCUAACCAGCAUGGAGAAGACACAAACUCUAGCAAUUGUGGAUCUUCUAGGUGAAAUCAGUAAUAAAUCAUCUUCAUCUGCUUAUGAAAGUCUUGACGAGCCUGGAAGAAGAUAUUGGAUUGCUUUGAGGUUUCAACAAUUGCAAUUUCUCCGGCGUGAGAGUAGAUCAGCAUCUGUGGAAGAGUUGGCCAUUGACUCAAAAUUGAUUGGAUGGGCCUAUCACUCUGAUUGUCAGGAAAUUCUAUUGAAUUCAGUUAGUUCUAACGAACCAACUUGGCAGGAAAUGCGAAGUUUGGGUGUUGGAAUUUGGUUUACUAAUACAACACAGUUGCGUAUAAGGAUGGAGAAACUGGCGAGAUCCCAAUAUUUGAAGAAAAAAGAUCCCAAGGACUGUAUGCUUCUGUAUGUCACACUUAAUAGAAUCCAAGUUUUAGCUGGCCUUUUUAAAAUUAGCAGGGAUGAGAAAGAUAAACCCUUGGUGGGAUUUCUUUCACGCAACUUUCAGGAGGAAAAAAAUAAGGCAGCAGCUUUGAAGAACGCCUACGUUUUAUUGGGGAAACAUCAACUAGAAUUAGCUGUUGCUUUCUUUCUGCUUGGCGGUGAUACUUCUUCUGCUGUUAGUGUCUGUGCCAAAACCCUUGGGGAUGAGCAGCUUGCACUGGUAAUUUGUCAUCUAGUUGAAGGGCGUGGUGGACCUCUUCAGCAACACCUAAUUACAAAGUUUAUGCUUCCAUCCGCCAUUGAGAAGGGCGACACUUGGCUUGCAAGCAUUCUUGAGUGGGAAUUAGGAAACUACACUCAGUCCUUUCUGAACGUGCUUCGUUUGGAGUCUAAUUCCGUAACUGGUCCACCGUUUCUUUCAAGUAAACAUAUUGCUUUACUAGACCCAAGCGUUGGUAUGUACUGUCGACUGUUAGCAAACAAAAAUAGCAUGAAGAAAGCAGUUGGAGUGCAAUCUGCCGAGAUCCUUUGCCAGCUUGCAACCUUGAUGAUGGCUACUGCUUUGAACAGAAGUGGUCUUCCUCUUGAAGCUUUGGAACACGUGUCAACCUGUGGGAGCAUUACUGAUGUUUCUGAUGGGACUAAUAAGGUUGAUAUUCAGUGUUUUGAUACUAUAAGCAAAAUCUGUCAGAAAUAUCCCAGAGAUUCCUCCAGUUGGCUCUCUGUGGAAUUUGCAGUUCAUCUGGAGCAUCAAGCAAAAACAGAUUUGGCAGCUCAAUACUUCUCAAAAUUGAUACGGAAGCAUCCCAGCUGGCCAACUGUAAAUUUUGAAUCUGUUGGAUGCAUGUUAUUUUCGAAGGAAUAUGAGAUGGAUUAUGAAAAAUCUCUUGAAAGUUAUCAGCACAAGUUAAGUGUGGGGUUUGCACAGUUUGAAAUGAAGUUUUCACUGCUUCCUGCCUCUCUUGUUAGUAUGAUGUUACUCUUUCUGUGUAAUCUUGGGCUACAAUUUAUUGGAAAUGAUAUCGUUCAAGGAUUUACUUCUCAAGAGUGCCCGGAUGACAAGAACCUAACGACUUAUAGUUUCCUCGUGCAUCGUCUCUUGCACAAGGCACUACUGAAAACAGCACAAGAAAUUUCUCUUUCAGCUUCACGGUAUACUAUUGCUUGCAGUUUAUCUUUUCACAGAGGUGAAAUUAGGUCGAAGUGUUUAGAUACCUGGUGGUACUACCUUCAGGGUCUCUUAUUAUCAUUACAGGGUGUAAGAGCUGCUUUGAGAAGUACACAUGAUUCUCUCAAUGAUGAUUGUGUUUUCAAGCUUCUGACCAUUCUUGAUUUGGUUGAAUAUGACUUGUAUUUCACGUCUGCUUGGCUACUGAGAGACUCAAGAUGUCUUCUUAAAAUGGUGCAACUGCUCCUGGCUAAUGAACAAUCUUCUCUUGAUGUUGAGAUGGAACGUCUGAAGCAACUCCUCUCUCAGUUUGGAGAGUUGAUAGCUCAAAAUUUAUUGUCUGAUGUAGAUUAUAAUCAUGAAAUUUUGGAAGGUGUGCCUAAUGAAGAAUAUGAUGAUAUUGUGCAUUCAAUUCCAGGAGAUGAAAGAUGGCACAUAAUUGGGGCUUGUUUGUGGCAUCACGUGUCCAAAUUCAUAAAACAUAAGCUGACUACUUUAACUAAUAAAUCUAAAGAGGGUAGUUUCAGUGGACUCACUCUUAGGAACCUCAAUUCCUGGGUUCCAGGUCUUUCAACCAUUAAAUCUGAUCAGAAUGACAUUUUAAAGAACAUGAUUGAAUUGAUAUCAACGAAUUUUACUUCUUUACUUACUAUCGUCCUUGCUCAAGCUUCUUCUUAUCAACUAAAACAACUGGUGUCAUUUCUGCAAUACAAGUUAGAUAAGAGAUUGUGCGUGGCAACCGUUGUUUGGUUUGAACAGUUUAGCAAGUCUUCUGAGCAUAAGAAGCAUCAUGCUGAUGAGAUGUAUAAUAUAGAUAUGUGUAACAAAGGGGAAUUUGAAACAUUAUGGAGCAUUACUUCCAAUCCCAAUCUGGUAUCAGAAUGCUUUGCACACGAAAAAGUUCAUCUGUUGCAUUGUUUUGAUCGUAAACUCUCUAAAAGAUGGACUGACAUUUAUAAUGGCACCACAAGGCCAGAGGAAACUUGUGGUCGUGAAUGUGCACUUAUUAAUAGUUCAGCCAGUGAUACCACUGGAUCUCCUGGUAAACUACUUCGCAGUGGGAGAACACUUGUCAGUUCUGAAAAGGAAUUGGCAACCCUUGAUGAUGUCAUGCCUUUUCAGAAACCUAAAGAGAUAUAUAGGAGGAAUGGAGAGCUUUUAGAGGCAUUGUGUAUCAACUCUGUUGACGGAAGACAAGCUGCACUUGCCAGUAAUAAAAAGGGUAUAAUUUUCUUUAGCUGGGAAGAUGGGAUGGCCUCCAGAGAUGAAGAGGAUUAUAUCUGGUCAAAUUCUGAGUGGCCUCUAAAUUUAAAUGGGUGGGCAGGCUCUGAGUCCACACCAGCUCCAACAUGCGUAUUUCCUGGAGUUGGUCUUGGUAGCAACAAAGGGGCACACCUAGGGUUGGGUGGUGCAACUGUGGGUAUAGGUUCACCUGCAAGGCCAGCGAGAGAUUUGACAGGAGGUGGAGCAUUUGGUAUUUCGGGUUAUGCUGGUAUGGGUGCUUCUGGCUUAGGUUGGGAAACACAAGAGGAUUUUGAGGAAUUUGUAGAUCCUCCAGCUACAGCAGAACACACGAGCACGAGGGCUUUCUCCAGUCAUCCUUCUAGGCCUCUUUUCUUGGUUGGUUCUACCAAUACACAUGUAUACUUGUGGGAGUUCGGGAAGGACAGAGCUACUGCAACAUAUGGUGUCUUGCCUGCAGCAAAUGUGCCUCCACCAUACGCUCUAGCCUCAAUAUCAUCUGUGCAGUUUGACCAAUGUGGACACAGAUUUGCUACUGCUGCGCUAGAUGGGACGGUUUGCUCGUGGCAGUUGGAGGUUGGAGGAAGAAGCAAUGUCUGUCCAACAGAAUCGUCUUUAUGCUUUAAUGGCCAUGCAUCGGAUGUCACUUAUGUUACUUCCAGUGGAUCAAUAAUAGCUGUGGCUGGAUAUAGCUCCUCUGCAGUUAACGUAGUCAUAUGGGAUACACUGGCUCCACCAAAAACAUCACAAGCAGCCAUUAUGUGUCAUGAAGGUGGUGCUCGCUCAAUUUCUGUGUUUGAUAAUGAAAUAGGAAGCGGGUCUGUUUCUCCACUUAUAGUUACUGGUGGAAAAGGUGGAGAUGUAGGACUUCAUGACUUCCGGUACGUAGUCACUGGUAGGACUAAGAAACACUCUCCUAAAGGUGAAAGGAUUAGCGAUGCUUCAAAUACUAACAUGCUAGGUACCGUUGGUGAACAAAACUUAAAUGGAAUGCUGUGGUACAUACCGAAGGCUCACUCUGGGAGUGUUACCAAGAUAACUUCUAUCCCAAAUACGAGUUUGUUCCUGACUGGAAGUAAAGAUGGAGAUGUAAAACUUUGGGAUGCAAAAAGAGCUAAGUUAGUGCAUCAUUGGCCAAAGUUGCAUGAUAGACACACUUUUCUUCAACCGAGUUCCCGUGGUUUUGGUGAAGUAGUUCGGGCUGCCGUUACUGAUAUACAAGUUAUCGCAAGUGGAUUUCUUACCUGUGGUGGAGAUGGCUUGGUCAAGCUUGUUCAACUUCAAUAGAUCCAAUACAAAACGGCAAAAACGUUAAUGUGAAAAUUUGAGAUGUGUCAAAGAGGUGUAUAAUGGUUUAAGGACCGCUGCAUGUUUGGCUCUAGGAUGCCGCCUUGCGUUUGAUCAGGCAUGUCUGAGAUAUUUACAGUUGGUGCAUUCUUCUCGCCAUCAGCUUUAAUCAAGUUUUGAGCUUGAUUUUCCAACGUGCUGUGACUGUAGUACUAUCAACUUCAGAAGGUGAAGAAGGUAGUUUUCUUGGCCGAGGAUUUCAGCAAAUUUGAGUGAAAUCAAGUGCUAUUAUCUCGUGAUGAGGUGGUGGAAAGACUUUUGAGGCAAUGAUAAAUACAACUCAGACAGAAUAGAAGUAAAGUCGUGCUUGCUUCCUACAUGGAGUGAACAAAGAAUUUGCUGCUUACUGCUAAUGGGUGUCAUCUCUCGGUGCAUUCUUCGAUGAAGUUGGCAUAAGAAUUUACUACCUUUUAUUUUUAUCGAGGUUAACAUUCUGCUACAUGGUAUAAUAUUGGGAUGUCCGAAUGAAUUUUUGACGAGUGUAUAAACUUUAUUCUCCCUCUUUUCCCAGAUUAAGGAAAAUAAAACUGUCCUUGUUGCAGUUUAGGUUUAUGAGAUUCUUUCCAUUGUACAUUUUGUAACUUUUGUAGAGCUGAAAUUUAAUGUGAAUUAUCUUUUUUGCCCUCC